AUGGAUCAAUGCGCCCUCGAUCCUGAUACCGUCAUCGGCACCAACAGCACCGACAACUCCACCCUCGUCUUCUCCGACUUUGCCGUCUCCCUCGCCAACAUCGCGCCCUGCGGCGCCCCUACGUAUCUGAGGCCGGACCCAGGCGGCUGUCUUUUGCCCUGGCCCUACACGCUCGCAUGGAUCCUCGUUCACCUGCCCGUGACGGUCCUGCGCGUGAAUCGGUGGGAGAAGGUCCAGACACUGUCCAUCCUCCUGGCCUUCUUCAGCGUCUACUUCACAGCCCAGGCUUACACGACCCACCUGACGCCCGACCAGGUCAUGGUAUGGAUGCCCCUUGCCAUCGUGCUCGAUGUCGGCGCCAUGAUGCAGCUCGUCUUCCUCGUCAUUCAGGAAAACGGCGUUGUGCUGUUAUGGGCUGCUUUUAAGCAGCUCCUCAUGAGACCUUUCCGGACGCAGCGGAGGCCGUCCAUCGAGCUCAUCCGCCAAGACGCGCGCGGCGAGAACAACAACGGUAAUAAUGCAAAAGUCGCAGUCCACGUUCUUGAACCAGAGCCCGUCCCGCAAGACCGCGACCUCGCUCCGAAAGCCCUCGUCACACUCCUCGCCCUCUUGCUCCUCGUCACGCUCGUCAUCCUCCAGCUCGUGGGGCUCGCCAACGCCGCACGCGGUCGCAAGACCGACGACCUUGCCGCCGUCUGGUGUUCCCCCAUGUUCCAGUCCGGCGAGGCCGUCCUCGCCACGCCCGCGCGGUGCCAGAGCACCCCGCUCCCCGUCGACCGCUCCGCGAGCCAGGGCAUCGGCUGCGUGCGCCUGCCGGCCGACGACCAGCGCCGCUGGCUGACCGCCACCGUCGCCGUGCUCUCCGCGAGCCUCGUCGCACAGGUCGUCGACGCCGCCGUUCUCGUUCUCGUCGGCAACAAUGCGCGGUGGUGGCGCGCCCGCAUGAAGAGGCCUUGGUGCACCAUGGUCCUGGGCAACGGCGUCCUCAUCAGCAUCCUCAUCGCCGGCAUCAUCAGCAGCUCCGACCUGCCGCGCUACGUCGACCGAACCGUGUGGGUAUUCAAGUACGAGCGGAGCGUCAACACGGCGAGCGUCUGUCGGGGGACGCUCAUCUCGGCUGGCGUCAGAGGGUCGAUCAUUGGGUGGACGGAUGGGUUCCUUCACAGUUGGGGCGAGACGUACUCGGGGUUUUAG